CAGACUCAGUUUGGACAUUCAGUUGGUGAUUUUUGCUCUGUCUUCCUCUGCCGAUCAGGUUUUGUUCAAAUUUUAGUCCAUUGAAAUGGGUGAUAAGUCUAGUGUCAUCACUGAAGUUUUUCCAGUCAUGUCAAAAAUCACAGAGAGGAAACUUAAUUCCUCUAAUUAUCUGGAAUGGGUUACGACUAUUAAACUAUAUCUCCGAAGUACUGACAAGGACGAUCAUAUGACUGAUGAUCCUCCUAAGGAUGCAACUACUAAGAAAGUGUGGUUGAGGGAUGAUGCUCGACUAUUCCUCCAAAUCCGGAACUCAAUUGAUGGGGAUGUGCUUGGGUUAGUUGGCCAUUGUGAAACAGUUAAAGACUUGAUGGAAUAUUUGGAAUUUCUAUAUUCAGAUUCUGUAAAUGAGGGGGAGGGUUCUGGUGACAUUUUAUUUUACACUACCUCUAGUGCUACAAUGCCCUCUACUGGUGUGCCUCCCAUCAUUCAGGUUUACUCCCGCAGGAAAAAACCAGUUGCACCUUCAGUUGUCCCUGAAUCUCUUCCUGCCACAUUGACUGAUCAACCACCUACCCCUACACCAGUCUCACGCCCUGAGUCAAGCACUUCGUCGUUGGAUCCUGAUCAUGCUGAUGAUCUACCCAUCGCUUUGCGUAAAGGUAAGCGGUCCUGCACCUACCCUGUUUCUAAUUGUGUCUCUUAUGCUCAUUUGUCUUCUACUGCUUGUGCACUCACCUCUUCUCUAGAUUCUGUCCCCCUUCCUAAAACUGUCAGAGAAGCACUCUCUCAUCCUGGAUGGCGUACUGCCAUGAUAGAAGAGAUGAAAGCCUUGGAGCAAAAUCAUACUUGGAGUCUAGUUUCAUUGCCUAUUGGCAAGAAAUCUAUUGGUUGCAAGUGGGUCUUCUCUAUUAAGGUUAAUCCAGAUGGGUCUGUGGCUCGCCUCAAAGCUCGAUUAGUGGCCAAAGGAUAUGCUCAAACCUAUGGUGUGGAUUAUGAUGAGACUUUCUCUCCGGUUGCCAAGCUCACUUCUGUUCGCUUUGUCAUCUCUAUGGCUGCGUGUCAUGAUUGGC